UACACGCAGAAGGUCCUGGGUUCGAGCCCCAGUGGAACCAAAGCCUGUGUUUUUGUUUUGGGUUAGGUUUCUGUUCUGGGGAAGGGAAUAGUUAGAUUCUUCCCGGUUUUCCAGUCGGGGUUUUGUUAAGGAGAAUUUAUAGUCACGUUUCGAAAUAAAUAAACCCGACUGAGGUCUGUGACGGGUGACACUGCAGCAGCAUGCACCCAAAGGGGGUAGCGUCUGCGGCUUGCAUCCAGCCACGUGCAAGCCAAGCUCCUGUUCCUGCCUUGGAAAGAAAGCUGUGCAGAGCGCUAGGUACCCAUUCUGGAAAGACAAAAGAAGAGAUGAAGUUCAAGAUGGAGAGCAUCCUGCUGUCUUUUCUUUUCUGCUACAAAGCCACGCUGGCAUUGUCGCCUGGUGAGGAUGACCAAUUGGAGCACUGGCACAGUAAAGCUUGCAAAUGUGAUUGUCAAGGAAGUGCCAACUCAGUAUGGGCCACCGGAACCAACAGCUUAGUAUGCAUGCCAGAGUGUCCCUAUCAUAAACCCCUUGGGUUUGAGUCAGGAGCGCUUCCUUCCGACCAGAUAAGCUGCUCCAAUUCUGAGCAGUACACCGGCUGGUAUACUUCAUGGACUGCAAACAAGGCCCGACUUAAUGGCCAGGGUUUUGGGUGUGCAUGGCUCUCCAAAUUUCAAGACAAUGGGCAGUGGCUGCAGAUUGACAUGAAAGAAGUCAAAGUUAUCUCAGGGAUACUCACACAGGGGCGCUGUGAUGCGGAUGAGUGGAUGACAAAAUACAGCGUGCAGUACAGGACUGAUGAGAAUCUGAAUUGGAUUUACUACAAGGACCAGACAGGAAACAACCGGGUUUUCUAUGGAAACUCAGACAGAUCAUCCAUUGUCCAGAAUCUCCUGCGCCCUCCGAUUGUUUCCCGCUACAUCCGAUUAAUACCUCUAGGCUGGCAUGUGCGCAUUGCCAUCAGGAUGGAGCUGCUGGAGUGCAUGAAUAAAUGUGCUUAAAGUCCAAUCAUGCGUGGCUUUCAGAGGGGUGCGAGGAAAGUCCCUAGCAAAAUGUAGAAAGACAAUAAACACAAUGACAAGGAUAGCAAAGAUGCGCUCGAUUCUGCCAUAACAACUUGCAGCCUGUACAAUGGGGCUGUCCAAGGAUGGAAGUCAGAGCAGAAUCUGGCCCCAGUUAGUUUUCUUGAAACUGAUCUCUGGAGCUGAGCUGUGUGGAAAUCCCUGGUUUUGUGUCUUGAAAUUGUCACAAUGAAAACACAGGUUUGGGGCAAUUUCAUCUGCUCUCAGCGAAAUGUUGAAGCUGCUGCUCUUGUUCCAGAGGCCAGAAGAAAACAUUUACCACAAAAUCUCCCACUCAAGACCACUGUUUUUUCACAAGAGCUGCAGUGUGUCCUCACUUUCCACUGAUGCCAAUGGGACUUGCAUAUGGGAACUAAAGUCCAGCAAAGGCUUAAUUAGAUUUUCAAAGAACCUUUGCAUAUGAUUUCACACAGCUCCAGUUUCUGAUUAUAUUGUAGUUUAGUUGCUAAUCUCCUCUUGUGUAACAUUAAAAGAAAUUCUACUCUAUGUUUACUAAAAAUGUGUUAAAGAUUUAACGUGUAUUUAGGAAGAGUUUAGAGGCUUGCUUAAAAUUAUAUUUGGUGAAUUGUAAAUGUGAUGAACAUCUAGGUGCUUAUGAGUAAAUAAUGAAACCAAACUCUUCAUUAUAUAUGUGUAUUGCUCCCACAAAUAUACAAUGUAAAUGCUCAUCCUGUAAAUUAAAGGGCUUUCUGGAUUUGAAA